GACCGUCACUCCUAAGUCCUAACCUCAAACCCUAGCUACACCUCUCUUUCUCUCUCGAGUCCUCAUCACUCCUGGCAGAGCAUAAAAGAGAGAAGUAAAAAGGCGAGAAAAAAAGAAAAACAACGGCAAUGGAGUUCUCUCAAGAUGACUUCGAUCGUCUCUUAAUGUUCGAGCACUCUCGUAAAACCGCUGAAGCUACCUACGCUAGAGACCCUCUGGAUGCCACAAACUUGACUAAGUGGGGUGAGGCGUUGCUGGAAUUAUCGCAAUUUCAAACUGUGGCAGACGCAAAGAAGAUGAUAAAUGAUGCCAUUUCAAAGUUGGAAGAGGCAUUGAUGUUAAAUCCAACAUCCAAUGCCAUGUGGUCUAUAGGAAAUGCCAAUACUUCUUAUGCAUUUCUGACUCCUGAUCUUGAUGAAGCUAAAAGUUAUUUCAACAAGGCAGCUAAUUAUUUCCAACAAGCAGUUGAUGAGGAUCCAAACAACGAGCUUUAUCGUAAGUCUUUGGAAGUUUGCGCUAAGGCUCCAGAAUUACAUGCGGAGAUCCAUAAGCAUUCAAGCAGUCAACAGAUUAUGGGUGGGGGGGGCUCUACAGCUUCUUCAAAUGCAAAGGGCUCCAAGAAGAAGACAAACAGUGAUCUGAAGUAUGAUAUAUUUGGAUGGAUUAUCCUUGCAGUUGGCAUCGUUGCUUGGGUGGGGAUGGCGAAAUCCAAUGUUCCUCCUCCUCCAAGAUAAGCAUGAAGUAAAUACGCUAAUAUCUCUGCAAGAAUGUUCAAAGUAUUGAUCAAAAGAUCCCAACUGGAAGGCAUGUAAAUUCAGUUAUACAUGUGAUAUGCUAUCCGCAUGUUGAUUUUGACCUUUUGGUUUCUCUAUUGCUUAUUCGGCUAGGAUUAUCAUUUUCAUGCAAUUUUUUGUUAUUUAUAU